UCCACCGAACCAGAUUCACCAUCAUGCAGCAAUACCCUUAACCUAAUCUAACCUAACCUAACCUUUGUCAAUUAACCAAUCCCUCAACAUACCAAACCUCCAAACAUGUCACACCCCCCACGGCACUCCGCUAUGCUGUCUAUCAGCAACGGUGGGCCAAACCUUUCCGGCGCCAGCGACAAGCAGCAAUCAUCGCAGCCGAUUCAGCAAAUUGCCAAUACCGGCUUGCGCGUCCCAUCGAACCGGAAGACCAUCUACGACAGGCAUCUGAAUCGCAGCCGCAAUGCGGAACUCAGCCGGGCGAGUUUCGCCUUUCUUUUCGCGGAGAUGGUAACAUAUGCUCAGAGGAGAGUAACGGGCAUUCAGGAUCUAGAGAAACGAUUGAACGAACAAGGCUAUCCCCUGGGGCUCCGUCUUCUCAAUCUACUCUACUACCGGACAAUAUCUAGCUCGACUUCCUCGUCUCUGUCCAGCUCGUCGACCUCCGCUGCUCCUCCCAAUAGACCCCUUCGCAUACUCCCCCUCCUCCAUCUCAUCCACGGCCCCCUCUGGCGACUCCUUUUCAACCGCCCGGCGGAUGCUCUCGAGCACUCGGUGUCCCCCGACACCCCCAAUGAAUAUAUGAUUACGGAUAAUGACCCGCUCGUAAACACAUACAUCAGUGUACCUAAGGAAAUGAGCAUGCUCAACUGUGCAGCGUUUGUGGCCGGGAUCAUUGAGGGCGUCUGCGACGGGUGUGGCUUUGAGGCUAAGGUGACAGCUCAUAACCAACCGACAGAGAUGUGGCCUGGUCGGACGAUCUUCCUAGUGCGUUUUGGGGAGAGCGUCAUGGAACGGGAGAAGGUGUUGGAGAGAGCGGGCAUCAAAUAAACUCGCCGCAAUACACGAUUUGAAUCAGGACAGUGAUCCGUAUGACUAAUUGCUACUUCUGGCCGGCUACUGUGCAUCAAACCGGGCGUCGGUUAUGAUAGAGGAUGGCGAGGGUCAUUGACACAACCGACUUUACUUGGUGUUAGGGUCUACUAAUCGACGUUUGGAAAGGGACAUACCCGGUGCGUCGAACUGCGGCGACGGCGUUUAUGUUCAUACAGGAAAAUGGAGUUCUGAACAAGAUG